UGUGACCCCUGGGACGACAGGGCAAGACAGGAACAACGACCAAAGCCCCCUGGCUCAAUUCAAAUCACGGUACAAUUGACCACCUAGACCGCCUAGGCAGUUGGAUCAAGAACACGCCAUUCCCGUCCCUUUUUUUGAACCUCCCAUCACUCUGAUCGAGGCAUUGAGACCAAUUGCCGUGUCGCGCUGUUGCAUCUCAGGGGUCGGGAGCUGGAGCUUCACUGACUAACUGGUUACCGCCGCGGUUACGCAAAACAUCACCACAGCGUAGAGGUGCCUGAUACAGCUCCUUCGUGGGAGAUACAACCUAGGUACCUCAAGAUAGGUAUCUCAAGCUAGGUACCACUAGACCUGUCGGUCUGACAUCUGGGCUGUCCAGAGCGUACAGUUCUGAUAAGCGAAAAGGAGGGGCCGUUGCAGAGCGCCACUUCCGGAGCCGCCUCGAGCAGCCUCAGAUCGUGCGGGACAGUCUGGCAGCCUUGCGGGAGUGAUCGCCGGAAGAUUGGGCGGAGAUUGUGGCAUCCAAUUCGCCAGCCUCGGUUGGGUACACCACUGAGACCCUCAUAUCGUGCUCCGAGUUCCAACACGCAUACUCAACAGCUUUUCGUUCCUGUCAUUCCCUUUCAAUCGCCUGAUCUCACAGGAACCUUCAUCCUUGGAUUGCCGCUUCAAGAGAGAGCGGGUCCGUAUUACGGCUUUCCGAGAGCCCUGGGCGCCCAAUGACCAACGGCGACUCGGGAAGCUCCCAACAUCGAAACGCGACAGGACCGUACCUUUGAGUGCAUGUGCUCGCUACCCCGCCGAUCACGAUGGCCUCAUCUGGAGUCUGACAAGCCAUAAUCGUGAACUAGGUCUGCCAAGGAUCUCACCAAGGCUCUCACUAGCUUCAUCCAGACACCAAACCUACCUCUCCCCGAUGAGCUCACCACUUUGAUUAGCAAUUAUCUGGAUCGGCACGAGCACGCCGAAGAUGGAGCUGCAGACCGGUUGAACGAGGAGCUUCUCGCCAUCUACACCAAGAACGUCGAGAACCAGCCCGAAAAAUAUGCCGCCUUUCUUGCGAUUCUACGGGAACUUCGUCCCGCCAUGAAGACGCCUGCCAGGAUCUUCGAGUGGUGGGAUAGACUUCUUGACCCCGUCUUGGAAUACGUCGGACAAGAAAAGGGCUUGGCUCGUGAAGUUGCCUCGAACACAUUGGACCUGCUCAUGAUUGACCAGUUCGAUGGAUCGUCAAACUCGUCUGAGGCUAGCCUUGCUCCCUUCACUGAACGUCUGCUGAGUAGAUGGAUGGACGCCCGUGCAAGCCAGAUAAACUGUGUUCCGAUGGCGGACUUCAAGGACCGCAUGGUGAAGAAGGCUUUAAUGGCCUUCGGAAAGAAGGAUCCCAAGGGCUUCAUGACUUGCUUGGAUCGGUAUUUCGUUAAGAGAGAAUAUCGUAACUUUGCAUUGAGCUUGCUAUGCGAUUUCGUUCAGAGCCAACCUCCACACCUUCAUGUUGUUCUACAAUCACCACUAUUCAACAACAUUCUCAACUCUUUACAAAAAGACGAGUCGACAGCCACUGUCACCAUGGCUCUGGUGGCGUUAAUCAUGCUUCUGCCUUACAUACCCAGCUCGCUCGUACCGUUCUUAUCCAAACUGUUCAACAUUUACGCUAGACUUCUAUUCUGGGAUAGGGAUAGCUAUUUUGCGCAAGAGCACACCGAAAUCGGGCCGGAAGGCGGAUCCAGUGAAGUUACCUGGGAGAGAGUGCUUCUUGAUCCAGAUCAUGACGGAAGCUCGAUCCCCUACCUGUCAGGGUAUUUUACUGUCCUGUACGGCUUAUAUCCCAUAAAUUUUCUCGACUACAUCCGCAAGCCACAGCGAUACUUGCGUCAUGCGAACAACGACGACGAUAUCGAUGUCCAGGCCAUGGAAAUCCGGGAUAGGUCCGAGAGAUUCAGAAAACAACACCUUUUGCAUCCGAACUUCUACAACCUGACAAUUGACUCGGAGAAGACGGAUAUGAGCCGAUGGCUUAACAGUGAGGCGGAUGAAGUUCUUGCUGAGUGUAUGGCUCUUUCCUUAGAGUCUAAACACAACUCUCCCGAUGCUCGCAAUACCACGCCACUACCCGUGGGCUUGGAUCAAGUAGCUGGAGAAGAACUUGGGGAAGACGACAUGGAGGCCAUCCUCAAUGGGUCGUUGGACCGUGGAGGUGUUUCAUCUGGGGUUGAGUCCACGCCCAGCAUAGUGCGCUCACAAGUUGAACCAUCUAGAGAACCUUCUUUGCAUGGUCCGAUCAUCGACGCUGCAAGUCAGCAAGCUGAUAGCACAAAUCAUUUGUCUGAUCAGGUUUCCCUUGGUGGCCAGGAAGUUGCUGAGAGUCCUGUCCUCUCACCUCAUCAACUGCAGUCGGCUCCACACACGCAACUCCAUGAUAGGCUUGUCACGUAUAAGGCCAGCAUAUCUGGGCUUCGUCAGUCACUAGCAAAUGCCAGUGUACCCUCGCUAGCCCUCGGAACCCAGGAGGUUGUAGGGGAUAAAAGCCAAGGGCAGGUUGAGACAUCGUCUGAUUCUCUCAACCAACCACUGCCCGCUGGUGAAGCAAACAAUUAUGUCUCACUUCUCUACCACCAGAAUCUGUUACUUCUCAAUGAUUUGCAGUUUGAGCGAUAUAUCAAGCAGCAACACAUGAUACAUAUGGGGGAACUGCGUCGUAAACAAGUCAGAGAAGCUGCCACCGAAGCUGAGACGCAAAAUCUUGUCAUGGCAAACCGAAGUCUGAGACAAAGGCUUGACGAAGCCAAACGAGGCGAAGCACAAGUGAAGAAGGAGUUUGACCACCGCAGAAGCAUUGCUAAGAAGUGGGAGAGUGAUCUCUCGACCAAGUUACGGGCGUUGCGCGAGGAACAGAAGAAGUGGGCAGCGGAAAAGCUCGCCUUGACACACCAGCUUGAAGAGUGCCAGAGAGAGUGCGAGCGACUGCGUAGCGCUGCUGACUUGGCCGAGAAAACAAUGCUGCAGUACAAGCAGAGCAACGAGGCAAUUGACAUUAGCACAGAAGAGAUCGACAGGCUAAAGGGUGAAGUAGCGCGUCUCACCGAAUCAGAGCGUGCAUACCACGGCAAGGAAUUGAAAAUGCAACAAGCGAUAGAGAGCGCUACCUUGGCCGAAGCUCGGGCAGAGCAGUUGUCGCAGCAAGUUACCGCACACGAGCUGCAAAUCGAGAGAAUGAGGAAGCACUACGAAUCGCGGAUUGCAGACCUUAGUGAUCAGUUGGCCAAGGUUGUCAAGGAGAGUCAAAGCAGGAACGUCGACAAUGUGGUGGCCGUAUUCGAAUCCGCUCUCGCUACAAGCAGAGCGAAGCAGAUGGAGCUACAGAGAGAAUGCGAUGUAAUGAAGCGAAAAUGUACCGAGUUGGAGGGGUCUCUUCUGGAUCUCAGGUCUACGAAUGAAGAGCUGUCCAGCAAAAUUCUUGCCAACGAGAGUCAAUCGGCUCUUUUGUAUGGCGGAUCAGAAGCAAUGACGCCUAGAUCAGGCAGUCCGGUUAUAUCUCGAACGGUAAAUCGAGGAUUCUCUGACACAGAUAGUGUCGAAGGUAUCUUCCGAAGUGCUACCCCCUCGUUAAUACCAGCAACAAGACAAAGCUCCGUUUCCUCACCAACUUCGAUACGCCGUCCAGGAACUCCCCCUGGAGCUGGAAUGAGCGGUGAUACGUCCAGUCGCUCGUCUCAAAGAACCAGUCCAAUUGUCGAAAGGCACCACGGAAAGGGGGUACUUGCGAACGCUCUCAAGAAGGAGCGCAAGGACAAGAAAGAAGAUAAGCCUGAGAAGAAAAAGUCGAGUCUUCCUGCCUUCAAGGGGAUGAGGGGCUUUGUGUGAGUGUUACGACAGCAAUGCUGGAGUUUGGAACAUAAUUGGGAAAGUUGGCACGCAGUAACAACAUAACCUUAAAACAAUAUUGUUAUUUGCCUGCUCUGGCCCAACUAUUACAGAAUACCCUUAGCUUAAAUUAAUUGAAGUCUUAAGAUUGGUAUAGUCUUUUCUUCCUUGU